AUUGUAGCCGUGGCCAUUAGAAGUAUAAUUCAAUUCAAUCCAAAUUUAAAAGGCGUUAAAUGUUAGACUCGAGUGCAUUAUUGCUUUCUGGAUUUUAAUUGUGUAAAAAAAAGCAAGUAUUUGGUUAGUUUUUGUUAUUUUGUGCAUGGGUGAGAGCACUUGGAAACAAAGAAGUCAAGUCAAAAUGUUUACACUAAUUUAAACACAAGCGGAAAAGUUUGCCAUUAAGUAAUUUGAGGUGCAGAGACGUUUAAAAUCGCAAAAUGCCAAUUCCCCCUGCACUUGCUGCAAAACUGUCCCAGAGGGGAAUAUUAACAGGUAAACAGAAGCCAGAACCAAACAAAAAGAAAGAUUACAAAGGCGUGUCGACUUGCCCAAACAAAUACAACAUUUACCAUGAAUGUAACCAUUGGUGUGAAAUUAAUUGGAAGGGUGUACAAACUCCAGAUCCAAAAUAUAUUCGCAACAUUCAGAAGAUGUUGGUGAUAUAUCCCCUUCCAAAUAAUUGGAUGGAAAUAUUUGACAAAGGAGUAGGUCGAUAUUAUUACUGGAACAUGGAAAAUGAUUUGGUCUGUUGGUUACCUCCAAAACAUCCAAAGGCUCAAAUCGUGAGAAGUUCUGCCAAACUUCGUGAGAAACAACAGAAAAGUGAAAUGGGAGAAGUAGAACGAAGACAGAAAGAAGGUCGAAAACAAUGUGACAGUGACAGAGACUCUGAUGAUGAUGAUGAGAAUAGAACUCAUCGCAGAUACUCUGAUCGAAGAAAUCGCGAUGACAGGAGAAGCAAACGGGAAAAGGAGGAGCGGCAUCGUAACAGUAAAAGACCAAAAUGGGACGAUAACGCCCUAGAUCCGAUGGAUCCCGCAGCGUAUUCCGACGUACCGCAGGGUACUUGGAGCGAUGGAUUGGAUUCUAACAAAACCAGAGCUGAUAGUACAGCUUCCGGUGUGUUAUACCAGCAAAGACCUUAUCCGGCCCCCGGUGCUGUAUUGGCAGCCAACAAAGAGAAAGACAAAGACAAAUCUAGAAAGUGAUAAAAUAUGUUGCUAAUCGACACCUCUAAUAUAAUAAAACAAAUAGAUCAAAUCAAG